UAGUUUCUCAGCUUUGGCAAGAUAUCCUGUUUCUGAAGACAAGGAAUUGAUAGUUAUUGUUGAAAGAUUCAUUCUGGAACAGUUAAAUCUAGCAAGAGAUUCCAUAUCUGAGGUUAAGAAGUACUGAAGGUGGUGCAAGUGGUCCUCGAUGCUGUGGUGAGACUAUGCAGGGUGUAUUCCCAAGCUGUAAACUGGGAGUUAUGUGAUUCAAGAACCGAGAGAAGCGAUAUAGACUGUGAAGAGGCCAAUAGUACAAAACAUGUGAUUAACAUAAUAAAAUGUAUAAUUGAAAAAAUGUGUGAAUUAGGCAUCCUUGCAGCUAAUGAUGGUGGGAAUCUAGUAACGAUACUGAAUUUGUCAUGGAAAGGUGUGGUUACAUUGCUUCAACUUGGAAAGGGUGCUUUAGCGGUAAAAGUGAAUGUACCAGAUAUUAUUCUAACUCUAAUUUCACUAGCCAAUGAAUCUCUGAGAUGUGCAGCUGAGGCAUGGUCUUCACGGACAGAAACCAUUACUGCAGCAGAAGCUAAAAGGACAUUCCUUCCAGUAAAAUUUUACCUGAUUAAUGCUGUUAGAAUAUCCUCCCAAUAUCCAUGCCAAGCAUAUUUGGUAUAUAGGGAGAUAAUACUCUGUGUUCUGAUGAUCUCAACCUUAGGAAUUUCUCUAAGUAUAGAAAAACAUCUCAAAACUGCAAGUGAAGUAUUAGCAGAACUAUUGGAGCCAACAUAUUUUCAUUUACUUAAUGCUUUAUUAAACUCAGCUCAAGUGAAACAGGAGCUGAAGUUCCAAAUUCUGGAUUGGUUGUUCAUUGAUGAACACAAUUCAAAUUCUAGUGUUGGAGACCCUAGCACUAGUUACUGGACAGCUUCAAUGGAUACAAUCUUUACUAUAAGCUGUGAAGCUAUGCCUGGUGCACGGAUAUUGUUGCUCAGUCGGGUUGCCUUGUUCCUUAAUAUUCUGAAAAGUUCUCGUGAUCUUGAAGAAGAUGUAAGACUUGGAAUUGCCAGAAAGCUUGGAUGGCUUUUGGAUGUUUUAGUUGAUGAAGAGGUGUAUUCUUCUGUUCUUGUUUUGCAAGUUCCUAUAUUAUAUGGUUCUGGACAACCUUAG